CUCCCUGAACUUUUUUUUUUAAUAACAGUGACAUCUUGAGGCUGCCGUAAUCGUCCGUGCCUCCUCCGUGCUCCACCUCCAAGCUGCCGCGUUUCCCUCCGGAGCAGAAAUGCAGCAGAGCCUGAUCGGACUUGUCCUCUUCCUCCUCUUCUCUCCGGGACGCGCCGAUAAUGGCCAUGUCUGUGUCUCUGCAGUGUCUGGGCCUCAUUAUACUCGGAGCGAUCCUCGUCCAGACCAUCGCGGUCGCUGUCAGCUUCAUGUACUUCAACAAAGCCCUGAACACGAUGCAGGAGAGCUUCUCUGGCAGCAGCGUGUCCUGCCUGAUCAAUGCAAAUCCGCAUUUGGACUCGGACGCUUCGGCAGCGGAGGACAGGAGGAGCGAUCCCUGUUGGCAGGUCACGCAGCAGCUCCACUACCUCAUAGAGAAGAACAUGGCUGACAAAUUCCAGAACGAGAUCUCCUCCGCUAUGAAAAACGAACCUACAGGAGCGCUGCCUGUGGCGAGCGACGGGGCGCGGGUGGUCCCGCUCCCCAAAGUCGCAGCCCACGUGACAGGCGUGGUCUCGUCCACAGACCCCCCCACAGCUGAAGGUUCACGCAGCAGCAGGGGCCACAUGGGGGAGCGGGUCCGGUCGUGGGAGGGCCAGAAGGGGCUGUCGUUCCUGCAGAACAUGGAGCUGAAGGGAGGAGAGCUGCUGGUGCCCAGAGCGGGCCUCUACUACAUCUACGCUCAGACCUAUUUCAGGCUCCCUUCAGCCGCGGAGACAGAGGGGGAGGCAAAGGGCCACAUGGGGGAUGCGAGGGAGGAGGACGGAGCAGAGCUUGUCCAGUAUAUCUAUAAGAAGAUGAGUUCCUACCCGGUGCCCAUCCUCCUGAUGAAGUCCUCCAGGACUGUGUGCUGGCCCCGGGGUCAGGAGCCGGGCCUCUUCUCUUUGCACCAGGCGGGUACCGCGUUUCUCCAGCCCGCCGAUCGCCUCUUCGUCGCCGUUAGCAAUGCCAGCGCCAUGGAGAUGGAUGGGAGGGCGAGCUACUUUGGGGCCUUCCUGGUGGGAUAAGGAGGUGACGACCUGGCAACCGGAGUUAGCCCACGUGUCGCGGGUUUGCUUGGUGGGACGAGCACCUGGACGGGACCGGGGAAGGACCGACCGCUGGGAGAGCGGGGGACUUCCGCAGGCGCCGUGUGGGCUGUAACCCGACCGAGCUGCAGCAGCAGACUGUGGACUCGGUGGAGAGCAGCCACGCUGUGUGGCGUGCUGACUCCAGCACAGGCUACAGUGCAAUGAAUCUGUGGUGUGCAAACAGAACACGCAGCCCGACAGACAGGGAGCAGCCGGACCCCUGCUGAGUGUGCUGCCGCACGCGGACGUCCUGUGUCACGAGCUGUGACUUGUUUCGCCUGCAGGUCAAAGAGACGUAUUUGUCAGCAGACAGUCGUGUUGGAGACAUGACACUUCACCUGUCUUUGAUUACAAAUGUGUAGUAAAAAAGAUGCCUUAAAAUUACAAAUGCAAAUCAAUAACUUUUGUUUACAAACACCUUCUUUGUGCAAUAUCUUGAACAAUGUGUGGCUUUAAAAUGAGCGAGUAUUAAAUUUGUUUUGUGAUUUUUAUGAUGAUUUUGUUCAUAAAGGUUCCUGCAGCUGAAUCACAAUUUCUUGUAGAUUUCCAGAUAAACAAUCCUAAAAGAUG